CUUCUCAUCUACAGACGUGGUUUCUCCUUCAGAUUUGCAGUCCUUUUCCCAAAGAAACUCAAAAGUUGACAAAUCAUACAUCAUGUUUGAGCUUGGGAAGUUGUUAAGCCCGUUUUUGCUGAUCUUCCCAUUGCUUCUCUUGUACUUCACCAAGAGGUUUUUAUCCACCCAAACACCAAAAACCUGCCAAACUACUAGUUUUGAGUUCCCCAAAGCUUACCCUUUGAUUGGCCAUUUGAUCGCGGUCUUGAAGCAAAAGAAGGAUGAAAGAUUCAGGUGGAUCGCUAGUCUGAUAGUCAACUCUCCAUCGUCCACCUUUGUCUUCCAUCGUCUGCUUGGACAUCAGAGCAUCCUUACAGGAAACCCUGCCACGGUGGAGCACAUGCUCAAGAAUCAGUUUUCAAUUUACCAAAAGGGUCCUUUCCAAAAGGCCAUUCUCAAAGACCUCUUAGGUGAUGGCAUAUUCAAUGUUGAUGGUGAGAUGUGGAAGUUUCAAAGACAAGUUGCUAGUUAUGAAUUCAACACCAGGUCCUUGCGGAAGUUUGUUGAAACAGUGGUUGAUGCCGAGCUUUCAGACAGGCUGAUCCCGUUGUUAUCUGAUGCAGCCAAGAACAAAACAGUCCUAGAUUUCCAAGACAUACUCCAAAGGUUUGCAUUUGAUAAUAUUUGCAAGAUUGCUUUUGGGUAUGAUCCAGAAUACUUGUCACCCUCUUUACCAAAAGCAAAAUUUGCAGUUGCAUUUGAGGAUGCUGUGACGAUCAGUAGCCAAAGAUUCAGAUCUUUUUUCCCAAUUCUAUGGAAAAUACGCAGAUUUCUCAAUAUUGGGUCAGAAAAGGAGCUUAAAGAAGCAGUCACAGAGAUCCGGAACUUUGCCAAAACUAUUGUUAGACAGAAAAAGCGAGGGGAGGUGAAAGAUUCAGAGUCAUCAGAACCAGAAGACUUAUUGUCAAGGUUUCUAAAAUCAGGCCAUACCGAUGAGAAAUUCGUGACUGACAUCGUGAUUAGCUUUAUCCUUGCAGGACGAGACACCACAUCAUCAGCUUUAACAUGGUUUUACUGGAUCCUCCAUAAGAACAAACAUGUUGAAGAAGAGAUCUUACGAGAGAUCAACAAAAACAGGGGAAAACAGAAAAAUAAAACAGAACAUUCCUCUCUUUUUGAUGAAGUCAAAGUCAUGGUUUACACUCACGCUGCAUUAUGCGAGAGCAUGAGGCUAUACCCACCAGUGGCAUUAGACACCAAGGAGGCUGCCAACAAUGACGUGUUGCCAGAUGGCACGAAAGUUAAAAAGGGUAAUUGGGUAGCUUACAGCGCUUAUGCUAUGGGUAGAAUGGAAGGUAUAUGGGGCCUUGAUUGGUCUGAAUACCGGCCAGAGCGGUGGCUAGAAGUGGAAGAUGAAAAGAUGGGGGCAGGGAAGUGGAAGUUUGUGCCUCGAGACCCAUACUCUUACCCAGUUUUUCAUGCUGGCCCUCGGGUUUGCCUUGGGAAAGAGAUGGCAUUUUUGCAAAUGAAGAUGGUGGUGGCUGGUAUCUUGGAGAGGUUUCGAGUUGUUCCAGCAGUGGAAGAGAGAAUUGAGCCAGUUUAUGUUGCAAAUUUGACAGCUAAGAUGCAAGGUGGUUUCCCAGUAAGGAUUGAAGAAAGGACUGUAUAACAAGUAAACAAGAAAAAUUACUUAAUUUAAGCUCAGUAGGAAGGAUUUUCUGUAUUGAAUUGCUUAAACAAAUUGUCAAUCAUAUCUAGUCCAAUAUAUCUGCGUCAAAACUCAAGUUGAUCUUCAAAUUAAAGCUUGUCUAUUUUCUUAUCCAUGAAUUCAUAUUUCCUCCCGUAAAUUUGUGGUUAAAUUACUUAAAUUCUUGUAUUACAUGAAAUUACUAAGACUUCCAUGUUAAUGCAAAGCUACCUAUUCAGAAAACAUGUUUUAGCAUGACACUUUCCUCCAGCUUCAUUCCGCAUAUAAAAUUUUUGUUACAGGCAGUCCCCUACCAUAGAGAGCUGCCUCAGGCUCACUUAUGGAGGAUAAUCGAAAGACUAUUUUCAAGUUCUUGGAUUCAAGGAACAAAGUUAAAGAUAUGUCAUAUGGCUAUGUCAUAGUGUGAAGGGUAUAUAAUUUUGUUUAUAGAUUAAAUUCAGUCCACUUGCAAUGAAAAGAAUAGUAUGGACGGUGAUUGAACAGCAUAUGAGUUGAAACACACUGAAGAUAAUAAGAAAACAAACUCCAAACAACAAGAAGUUGCAACA